GAACAAAAAAGCGAAUGAACAAAAAAACUAUAAAACUAUAAAACAUGAGCAACUGAGAGGGGAAGAAAACAACGCGCGCACAAAGGAGCCGGACGAAGAAGUAGAAGGAGCCAAAAUGGGAACAAAGUAACGUGAAAAACACACCACUUAUACACGCCAUCCGUACAGUACAAUGCCAUAAAAUGAAAAAUAUAAAUCACAGACAACAUUUCUGGGAAAGUACGACCGUCAAUAAUAAGAGCUACACCAAUCCGGAAAAUUUAAACACACGGCACAGGGAAUCCAACGAGAAAGGACCCACAAAAGGGAGGAGCACCCAUCACGUGUUAGGCAAAAACAAAAAGGAUAACCAAACUGCCAGUGCUGAAAUUACCACACAGGUGAGUAGCGCGAGGGAGAAUCCCAGUGUGAGCUGCAAAACGGUUAGAGGUGAAAAGCUCAGUGGGGAAAAAAAAAAGAAUAACAAAAAGGUGAAAAACGACACGUUAAAUUUGAGACUCACUGCUGACACAAGGAGAAACAACGCCAAGGGAGAUACUCUUGUUCCACUUAAGGAAAAGGGAGAACGGGAAAAAUUUUUGGAGAAAAGGGAAUGCCUCCUAAAUUGGGAGUCAACGAAAUUUCAUGAAAAAACGGACAUUGAAAAUGACGCGAGCGACUUUUCCAAUUUGAUCCCUUUUGAUGAUCAGCCAACGGUGAGUGAAAACAUCCCCGUCCGAAGUAACCCCCCCCAUGGCACACACAGGGAUGCAUUCACGAGGGAUGGCCUGGAGGAUUUGUUAAAAAAUGUUCAUUUCGAUAUUCACUUGGAUGCGCACGCGGAGACCGUUCCUGGGGGGCGGGCUGCCCGAAAUGGAAUCAGAGGUGGAAGCGGAGAUGGCGGCAGGAAAGCCGAACAUGGUCCUACUAAAAAUGGAGGGGAUGGGAAGAACCCCCCCCGUGGCAACUACACCGCGAAGACGAAUUUCGCAAAAUGGAACAAGGAAGAAAAGGCCGAAAAGGAACUGCUGCUGGAGCAUAUAAAGAGGCUGGAGUAUCAAAACAAUAUAUUCCUGAACAAUUUGUUAAAUGUGUACUACGUCUGCAUGGACUACAUCAAAAUGCAGGACGAGAAAAUAAAAAAAAAGGAAGAAAUUAUUCUUUUGCAGAAUAAAAUUAUAAAAGAUUUGAAGGCAAGUGAACACUUGGAGGACACCACAGGUAUGAGCAAUGACACAACUGGCAACUGCAGGAAUGAUGACUCAGAUUUGUGA